CGGCGCUCGUCCCGCGUCCGCGACCGCGGCCCGGCGGGCGGCAGUCGAGAGGCCGCACGCGGCGAGUGAUGUCGUGUCGGCAGUGCAGCUGUAGCGCGUGGCGCGGGCGACCGCGAGACUCGUGACGCCGGCGGCGGCAUGUGAUGUUCCGGAGACGCGCGUUGCGGCGGCGGCUGGCGGCGGGCGGCGCGCCGUCCGUGCCUGACGAUCAGCUGCGGAGGCUGGCGCGCGCGCUGGACGCGGGGCCCGCCGGCGCGCCCUGCGUGCCCGGGCCCUCGGGCCCCGCGUUGCGCCUCGCCGUCACCCGAGCCUUCCGCUUCCCAGACCUGCGAGACCUCACCGAGCUUCGCCGCCUGCCGCACUGUACGGACCACCAGUGCUGCAACCCCUACCACUUCAGCCGCCUCUGCGAACCCGAAACCCCUCCGCCUCCAUACAGUCGGAUCGCAAUGGACGACGUUAAGCCUAAAGAACAUGGCGAGAUUACAGAAGACGCGAGGAGGACGGACCAUGAGCGGCUAGCGACGGGUUCCCUCGCCACCGAUGGCGAAGAGCGUCAAAGCUGGGAAUCGGAGUGGUGUAGAUUAGCGUACUGGGAGCUCACUCAGAGGGUAGGCCGGCAAUUCAGUGUGCGCGUGCGCGCUGUCGAUGUGUUCGGCGGCACGUGCGCCGGCAGACACGGGCUCUGUCUUGACGCGCUCGACAGCAAGGAACCGCAAGUUGAACAGGUGCGGAAAACCCGAGCGAAGAUAGGCUUAGGCGUGACCCUGUCUCUGGAAACGGACGGGGUCUGGCUCUACAACCGAAGCCAAGAGCCCGUGUUCGUCAGUUCGCCGGCAUUGGACGCAGCAGCGGCGAAAGCCUUGCUAGUGUGGAGGGUCGCUCCAGGACAUUGCUUAUGCAUAUUCGACCCUUCAACCCCCCCGCCGCCCAUUUCGUUACCACACGUGGGCCCAGUCGACCCCAGGUCCGUGAGGAUAUCCUUCGCGAAAGGCUGGGGGCCAAAAUACUCGAGGCGGGACGUUACGGCCUGUCCGUGCUGGUUGGAAGUAUUGCUUGCACCUCCGAGCUGACGCUAAGACUUAACUAUUGGGUAUAUUAAAUCAGUGAAGUGCUUAAUAUGGAUAUGGACCAAAGUGUAAUGAACGUUAUAAGGAUUCUUAGGGAUCUUAGGAUUAACUUGAAGUUUAUUUACUCAGUUAGUGACGAGAAAAUUCUUGUUAAUUUUGGUGUCACUAAGUGAAAAAUCAACGGAAGUGGAGUAUGAGGCCCAGUACGGCGUAGUUGUCUAAAUUUUUGUUCAUGAUAAUACUUUAUAACUUUAUCAAAUCAACAUUAGUAUCAGCAGACACUGGAAUAUAUUUUUAUUUAUAGUAUACACAUGGAAAUUAUAAUUCCAAUAGACAAGUUUGUAAAACAAAAAUAAAAUGCAUUUGCGAAAUCUUUGACAAUAUAUUUACAGAAAAUAAUAGUGAAGAAAAUGACCAAAUUAUGUUUUUAACAAAAAAAAAUUCGUACUGGAUUAUUAUAUAACAAAAAUGUGUGAACAAUUAUUUUAUUUAUAAGUAAAUUGUCAAAUUUGUUCAUGUUUUUAAAAUGUCACUAGCAUAGUUGAUGUUGAUUUGAUUUCAUUUCAGUUCUCUAAAAAAUUACUUCAUUUAAACAUAGGUAAUGAAUUUUAAAUAUUAAAAGGGAAUUCAAAUUUAUGUUUUUAAUGUUUUGAAAAAAAAAAUUGUCGUUAAUAAUAAUUGUACAAUGAGAAACUUUUUUGAAGAUAUCAUUGUGACAUUACACAAUCUAUUGAUUAUCUGUGGUAGUGACAUUUAAAUUUGUCUAUAAAUUAAAAAAAAUUAAAGGCAGUUCGUUAUUGACUUUAAAUUUUCCGAUCAAAAUGGUGAUCGCUCCGUCGUAGUUCAUAUUGUGACAAACACGUCCAUAUCUUUUAACAGUUGUUUUAAAUUCUUGAAUGGAACCAUUGUCCAAUUUGUACAAUUUUAAAAUGUAUAAAUAUGUAUAAAACUCGGCUUUAAGUUACGCGAGACUGUGUAUAUAAAAGUUUAUUAUGUACUAUAAAUAUUUGUAAUUAACUAUUUAUAAUUAUAAAGUAUGCCUUACCUUUAGCGAGUAAUUAUUUAAGAAAUAAGUUUUCUUUGUUUUUUUUUUUUGUACAAAAUUUGACAUAAUUCGUAUCAAGUCGGAGUUUAAACGUGAAGAAGGCUGUGCGAUAAGCAUUUUAACCAAUUUCGGUAAAGGAAGGUUAUGAAUUAUCUCAAAACUCUGUGGGAGCAACGCCGAUCCAUAGAAUUGUUUAGUUAUUUAAAAGAUCUGCAAUUUGACGUGUAAAUGCGUAUGAAAAAAAAUGAUAGUGCAAUCGUGUUAAUUUCUUAUUUCGUUUUAUAGUUAGUAAUUAAAAAUAGAACCACACACAAACUUUGUGCCUUGCGUUGUAUUCAGAAUGUAUGAAUAUAAUCCAAAAUCUAUGUAGGGUAACUCAGUCAAUUUAACUGACCUAUACGAUUAAGUAAUUAAUUAUAUUAUACAUAUUAUGUUUUAAUAUUAAAGCUCGAAUUUAAGAAUGCUGCUUGGACAAAGCGAUUGGAGUUGACAAUAAGAUUUAAAGUCUAGUCUAUUAAUCGAUCUUGCUUUGUCUUACGCGUUGGGUGUAUCGGUGAAUAGGAAAGGCCAGUUUUCAGAAUUAUGACCCACUCAAACUACAUAUUUAAAUGUAUUUUUUUUAAUUUUGUUGUGAUAAUAUCAUAAUCGAAUGUCACACAACAUUCUGUUUACUAUUUUAAUUGUUAUUAAUUUAUCAAUUUUGUAGAUAAAACUCAUGUUAUCAAACAAGCUUUUUAAGAUUUUUUUUAUUUAGAUAAAUUAAAAAUCAAUUUAUGUAUAACACAAAAAUUAGCUUUUAUAUAAUUGUUACAGAGAUCAACAAAUUUAGAUUCACAAUUAUUUAUUUUAUUAAAUAUUAGAAAUAAUUACGAUGUAAAAUAUAGUUAACUGGUCUAAAUAUAAUAAUUAUGUAUUCAGCACAAGUGCCUCACCCAGCAUAAUCCGUCACAGAUAAUAUAAGUAAUAAAAGUACAUAUUUAUUUAAUGUAAACGCUGUUUAGUCAUUACAUUAGACUGAUAUAACGCCUUAAUAAAAUAAGGGAGAGCAUUUUUAACGAUAUGUUAUUGAGAAAAAAAUUCACGGACGUUUUAAUUAUUUUUAAUCUGUAUAAAAACUUUUGUACGUAUUUUUAAUCUAUUAAUUGACUAUUGACCUAAGAGUUUUAUGUACAUUUCAACAACCUAAAUUAUUUUAUAAAUGUAUUGUUAAAAAUGCAUUCUCAGCUAUAUAUAAAGUAAAAUAUUGUAAAUAGGGACAGUACUCCAUGAUUCGCCGAUUUACUGUUAAGUUGUGAGUCUGACUGAGAUGAAUGAGAUUAGAAUACGAUAAAUUAUAAUAAAGAAAGGGAAUAUUUUUA